CCCAAAUCAGCCAUGGAAGCAAGACUCUCCGAAACUCUUGGCCUCCGGUCUCCGAAUCUCAAUCACUGCCUUGUUCCUAACGAAUUCAAUUCUCUCUUCACUCAUUUCUCCAAUCUCACCUCCUCCGUCCAAAUCCCAACCAAAACCAAACUCUCUCGAAAGUCGCCGAAAUUCUCAGAAUCCACUGCAAGUUUAGGAAGAUCCGUAUUGUUUAGCCCACCAUUUGCAUCUGCGUCAGUCUCGGAUUCCAGACCGGAUUUUCUGAAAUGGAUCAAACCUGCAUCACGAAGCAGUCCAAAGAUUCAGACGCUUAUGAAGCAUCUCUCCGUCUUCGAACGUGCGCUAAUCGGAGCAGGAGCCGGUGGAAUCGCCGGCGCGUUCACAUACGUUUGUCUUCUCCCAUUGGACACAAUCAAAACAAAGCUCCAGACCAAAGGCGCGUCUCAGGUGUACAGUAGCAGCUUCGACGCCAUAGCAAAGACUUUUCAAUCCAAAGGGAUUCUAGGUUUCUACAGCGGCGUCUCCGCCGUGAUCGUCGGCUCAACGUUUUCCUCCGCCGUCUACUUCGGCACCUGCGAGUUUGGUAAGUCUCUCCUCUCCAAAUCCAUGGGGUUCCCUCCGGUUCUCAUCCCACCAACUGCUGGCGCCAUGGGAAACAUAAUCUCAUCGGCUAUAAUGGUCCCAAAAGAGCUCAUCACACAGAGAAUGCAAGCUGGAGCUAGCGGAAGAUCUUACCAAGUUUUGCUUAAUAUUCUUGAGAAAGAUGGAAUCUUGGGGCUUUAUGCUGGUUACUCUGCAACAUUGUUGAGGAAUUUACCGGCAGGUGUGUUAAGUUACUCGUCGUUUGAAUACCUGAAAGCUGCGGUCUUGGAGAAAACGAAGCAGAACAAUCUUGAGCCGUUGCAGAGCGUUUGUUGUGGCGCAUUGGCUGGUGCUAUAUCUGCUUCGAUAACUACGCCAUUAGAUGUGGUGAAGACGAGGCUCAUGACACAGAUUCAGGUGGAGGCAGUGAAUGAGCUUGGUGCUGCUAUGUACACCGGUGUGGCUGGGACGGUGAAGCAGAUACUGAAAGAGGAAGGUUGGGUCGGUUUUACACGAGGCAUGGGGCCUCGAGUUGUUCAUAGCGCUUGUUUCUCGGCCAUCGGGUAUUUUGCAUUCGAGACUGCGAGGCUUACCAUCUUGAAUGAAUAUUUGAAGAGGAAACAAGAUUCUGUAGCUACUGUUGAUUCUGAUUCCUGAGUUUUGGUUUUGAUAUGGUUUUAGAUGAACACAGAGAUAGAGAGCUUAUUCUUGUUUCUCAAUAAAGCAUUGAGCUUUAUGUAUGUGGCUUGUUUGUUUCUCAGACAAUUUCAGAAAGUAAAUCACUUCAAAAGAUCAAGCUACCAAGUAAGCAUUCCUUUUCAAUACAAAUAGACUGUAUA